CUAAUAUGAAAGCUUUCACUGUGUGUUCCUCUUGUUUGCUGAAGUCUCUGUCAGUGCAUUUCAGUAAUAAUGACAGAGUGGGAGGGCCACUCGGUGCAACUAAUAAGGACGGCGAUCUAGCAGGCGAUCCCACUGUGACUUUUAUUUCCAAGUCCUGGAAUCCGGAAUCGGACUGAUCGUAAUCACACAUGGAUUAUGCUUUUUUCGCUGCUUUCUGUUUUUUUUUUGUCUUAGAGGAAACUUUCGCAGCAAUUGUUUUCAAGUGGACUGGUUUCUAGUGUCAGAACCAUGCUCUGUUUGCUCAGAUGGACUGCUUUACUUUGGACUUUGAAUUCCAUUCCUUGCACCUUUGGAAUGGCAUUGGGUGAACAAACAGAUGGUUCAUGUCCCCCUCUGAGUGUGGAGGAACACAGGUUUUCUGAUAUUUUAGAUCGUCCCCUGGAAAUUACAGGAUUUGAUCUCACAGAGAAGUUUCUGCUCCGAAAGGGAACAAUCACAGAAUACCUGUCGUCAUUUCGUUUAGGAAGCAGUCCACUUAUUAAGCCAACGAAAUCAGUGUUUCCAAAUGGGCUUUCAAGUGAAUACUCCCUUGUCUCCAUCUUCCGAGUAAGAAGAACAACAAAAAAAGACCGCUGGUAUCUUUUUCAGAUAUUCGACCAGUCGGGAGGCAGUCAGGUAUCUGUUGUGGUUGAUGGUGGCAAGAAGGCGGUGGAGUUUUCCUCCCAGGGGAUGGCAAAGAACACUCCCUGCUGCACAUUUAAGAACAAUGACCUACAUGCUCUUUUUGAUCGCCAGUGGCACAAGCUGAGCAUUUCUGUGCAGAGUAACACGGUCUCCAUCUACAUGGACUGCAAGCUGAUAGAAAGGAGACGGACUGAUGAGAAAGACACCAUUGACCUCAGUGGGCGCACUCUCAUCACAACACGGGUGGAAGAUGGACGGCCUGUAGAUAUCGAGCUGAGACAAAUUCUAAUCUACUGUGACCCUUAUAUAGCUGAGUUGGAAAAUUGCUGUGAGCUACUGGAACCAAAGUGUGAAGCCAAGAAGACAUUUAAUGGGACUUCCCCUCCCCUGGUUACAGAGCAGCUCCCCCAGAUGCUUUCUCAGCCGGUCUCGCAGUCAAUUGACAGAUGUCACUGUCCAGCUGAAAAGGGAGAUGCUGGACUUCCAGAGGUAGUUGGAGUGCCAGGACAAAAAGGGGAUAAAGGAGACAAGGGGGACACAGGGGACGCCGGGCCUCAAGGAAACCAAGGACAUAAGGGAGAACUUGGAUCAGAAGGGCAAAAGGGAAUCGAUGGGGAGAAGGGUCUCAAAGGUGACCCAGGGCCAGUUGGUCCAGUUGGUCCCAAGGGAGACAAAGGUGAAGUGGGUAAGCCUGGAGCUGCGGGGCUGCCCGUUGACAAAUGUCCCAAAGGAGAUCAGGGCCCUCGAGGUGACAAAGGAGAUAAGGGAUUGGCUGGGGUGCCAGGUCAGCCAGGGGAACCAGGCAAAGAGGGCAAAAGGGGACGGAGAGGAAAGACUGGGGAGCCUGGAACCAGAGGCCUUCCUGGUCCCCCAGGAACCUCCGAAGGAGCAAGUGUCAAGGGGGAGAAGGGCGAGUCUGGAGUCCCAGGAGAAAAAGGAGAGAGAGGAGACCCUGGUCAGCCAGGUGACGAGGGGGCCGGCGGGAUGAAAGGACAAAAAGGUGAUGUUGGCCCUCCUGGUCCUCCUGGUCCUGUGAUGACAGCUCACGGAUUAAGACAGCUCUCUGGAAAUGAUGAAAUGAAGGAGAGGGCCCAAAAAGGAGAAAAGGGAGAUCAGGGAGAGAGAGGAGCUCAAGGACCGCAAGGCUUCAAGGGAAACACUGGGCUGCCGGGACUAAAGGGAGAUCAAGGACCAGAGGGGAAACAAGGCCUGCCUGGACCCACUGGACUCCCAGGACUCCCAGGCGAGCUAGGCUCGUCAGGGGAAGCAGGGGUGCCUGGGAGAGAUGGCCUGAAAGGAGAAAAGGGGGACUCUGGUGGAGUGAUGGGGCCACAGGGACCCCCAGGUCCUAAGGGUGAGCCUGGAGAACCUGCAGGUGGAUAUAUGGGUGAUGGGUUGCCUCUAACUAGAGGGUCUCGUGGACCCAAGGGUGAGCGAGGCGUCCCAGGAUUGCCAGGAGAUCACGGUGAAAAAGGUGAACCUGGAGAGAGUGUCAUAGGCCCGCCUGGCCCCAUGGGACGGCCGGGAAAGCCGGGAAUUGAGGGCCCUCGUGGACCCCCAGGUUUAUCUGGUCCUCCUGGAGCUCCAGGGAGAGAGGGCACCCCUGGUAGACCAGGCCCUCCGGGCCCUGCUGGACCCCCAGGUGAACCAACUGCCUUGCCAAUCGUUGGAGACAUGGGUGCUUUACUUAAGAAUGCCUGCAGUGUGUGCCAGACGAGAGUCCCAGGGCUGCCUGGGCAGAAAGGAGAGAAGGGGUCCCCUGGAGCGCAAGGAGUAGAAGGCAUGGUGGGAGAAAAGGGAGAUCCAGGUGUAAGAGGUCCUACGGGUAACCCUGGGAAAGAAGGCCCAAAGGGAGUAAAGGGAGAGAGAGGGUUCCCAGGCCCUGCAGGAGAUAAAGGCGAUGAGGGAUCUACAGGAGUACCAGGACUUCCUGGUGUGACUGGUCGUACAGGGGCCGCGGGGCUUAUGGGUAGACCUGGUCCCAUGGGCCAACCAGGAGGAAAAGGAGAAAAAGGAAAUGAAGGACCCCCAGGCAGACCAGGGCUUCCAGGGCCUCCGGGUGUACCCUAUGUGGAGGGCAACGGGAUGAGUAGUCUGUACAAGCUGCAGAGUGGUGGAGCUAUUUUAGGACCCCCUGGAGCUCCUGGUGCUCCGGGUCCCAAAGGAGAUGAAGGACCUGCAGGGGAACAAGGGGCCAUGGGUUUACCCGGGCUGGAAGGGCUACCUGGUGCCAAGGGCGAUAUUGGUUUUCCUGGUCCAUCCGGGAUAGCAGGUCCUCAAGGGAAGUCCGGCACUCGUGGAGAGCCAGGGAUCCCAGGAGAGCCGGGUGAGAGGGGGCCGCUCGGAGAGACAGGAUUCCCAGGGCCCGAGGGACCCCAAGGUGUUGCUGGCAGACCUGGAAAAGACGGAACUCCUGGAUACAAGGGAGCUACAGGUAGAGCAGGGGACAGAGGAUCCAAAGGAGAACGUGGUGAUGCAGGGAUUCCCGGAGAAAGAGGUGUUCAAGGUGAGAGAGGUCGCCCAGGUGAUCCUGGCCCCAUUGGACCGAUCGGACCACAAGGCCAAAAAGGUGAUCCUGGCCCUCCAGGACAGCUGGACAGUGUAAAUCUCCGGGGUGAUCCCGGCUUCAUGGAGGAACUCAAAAUGUUUAUUCGAAAUGAAGUAUUGAGGGUCCUUGAAGAGAAGCUGUCGAGCGCUGCCAUGCUUCAGAAGACACCUUCAGGCAUCUUAGCUUCACAGGUCCAAGGGCCUCCAGGACCUCCUGGCAAGGACGGAUUGCCAGGCCCGCCAGGAGAGCCUGGACCUCCUGGUCUUCAAGGGUACCGGGGUCAGAAAGGAGAACGAGGCCAGCUUGGUCUGGGGUUACCGGGAGAUCCAGGAGUCAUGGGGCCACCAGGCCCUCCUGGGAUCACCUCUUCAGGCCCUCCUGGCUCUCCAGGGCCCCGUGGACCUCCUGGGACGUGUGACCCCAGUGACUGCCUCCUUCCAUCCUUAUGAACCCAGCAGAGUGGUUUUGGGCUAGUUGGAAGACAGACGUCCAGCUCCGAGCUCAGUGCAGCAGCCGCGGAGCAGGAAAACUGUAUCUGACAUCUUCCUCAGAUCCGGUUUAUCAGACAGACUCACAACUGACCUCUUUUUGUUCACUUUACAAUAACAUUUGGAUGCAGUCGGGGUUUUUGUUCUUCUGGGAUUGCUGUUGGGUUUGUUUUUGAAUGAAAUGGCAAACCUUUGAGUUUUAUAUUAUUUUCAUUACCGUGCUUUUAAGUUAUUUCUUGUUUUCACAUCCCCCUACUGUGAUUUAAUGCAUUCCUUGUCAACUCUAAUUAUGCCAUUCAAGACCAUGAAAUGACAAGUUCAGUCCUGUCUGAAAACAUGAUCUUAAUUAUUUGUUUGUCUCCUUAAUGCGCAUGCCUAUGCACUCCUCUGUUCUUAUUCAGAUAAGCCAAUGUGCUGGCAGAAGGUACAUCUCUUUUGUGUGUGUGUGUGUGUGUGAGAGAGAGAGAGAGAGCGCGAGAGAGAGAUUAACUGAAUGAAUAUGCUCGUUUUACAUGUAGGUGGAAGAAAAUUGCUGAUUUUUGAAACACCUUAUGCAACCAAAGGGCAGCAGAUGUGUCUAAUAUGGAAAUGAUUUAUUUUAAGCGUGUUCUUCUAAAGUCAGUAAGUAGACAGUAAUAUUAUUAUUAGGAGGUGAAUUAAUACAUUUUUGGAUUACUGCAACUUUUUUUUGACACAUUUGCAGUGUGAAUGAUAAUCAUUUUUUAAAAGAAUCUGCAGUAUAAUCAUUGAUAAAGAUGUUUUCCUAUUUUGUGUAGGUUAUGCGUCGGCACUGAGCGCUCAUAAGUGAAGUUUGCCAUAUAUUUGUAACACAAAAAUUUACAACUCAUACUGUUUGUCUGACACUGUAAGGCACAGACAUCAAGGACAGAUUUUUCCACAUGAGAAGAAUGUACUUUAAACGUUGUCGUAUUUGUUUAAAGAGUGUGAUGUGACCUCACAUUCACUGUUACUGUUGGUCUGAUCUGUAAAUAAGUUGAAUGAGUGACUGUGUUUUUUUUUCCUUCUCUCUUUUCUUGUCUAAUGGGGCUUAUGAUGGGACCUGACAAUAUAAUUACAGUACAUAAGCAUAAGCUUAAUGUGUCGUUGUAAUGAUACAUUAAGGUUCUCACUUUUGUUCUCGCUCAUACAUCACUGCAGAUGUUGAUGAGUUUUUGUGUUUGAGAUAAUUAUUAACGUAUAUUGUUUACAUAGUGUCGUGUAUGAUGAUUCCUCUGGUUUAUUUGUAUAUUUUUGAUUUUCAGCCACACAAAGGAAAUCGGACUACUACACUACAACUUCAGACUUCUUAUUCUGGUGAACCAUUAUACUCAUAAACAUACUUGAACUUUUUGUCGUUUGUUUUAACAGUAUCAUGGUGUACAUCCUGGUUUUUCACUCACUGACCAGCACUGUGUGUCACUAUGUACUGUCGGGUUUGGGGGUGUCUUAAGACUGGAGUUUAUUUGAUUUAUUUAUUUAUUUGCUUUAACAGGUUUCAGGUUCAUUUAAAUGUAAUUUCAGAAAGCUUUGAGUCAGCUUCACCUAAACAGGCCUUAUGAUAUAUCUUCUUCAGAAAGUCACAUGUGAUGGGCUGAAUAUCUUACUGAGGACAAUCACACUGAAAAUAUGCAGAACUUCUUCAAGACAGAAAGAAAAAAGUUCCCAGCAUUCAUAUUCUGCAUUUUAAUUCAUGCCCUUUUUGAAGAUUGUCAUGGAAAUGCACAAUUUGUUCAUUUAAAAUCUAACCUAAACUUUAUCACACUAAACAACAAAGUUUUAUUUAGCAGAAAAUAUUAAUGAGCCUGUAGCGUAUAUUAUUCUGUUCAUGCUUUCAUUUUGAGCGCUGUUUAAUGAAAGUUCGACUCAAAGGCUUUAAGUUCCCUUUUAAGUCUCCUGCUGUGAUUAAUGUUUGAAAAGUUCUGUGGGUGUAUCUGAACUUUUGUGACGCUAAGAACUCAGUUCUAUCUGAAUUUCAUCCUUUAAGAUCUGUUUGACACUUUUUUUUUCUUUUCACUUCAUGUCUCACAUCAUAGAAAGUCAUCAUGCUUCUCUUACACAUGUAAAUUAUGAUUCACAUUUAUUCUGAUGCUGCAGAGGAUUUUUUGUUUUAUAUUUUCUCAGCAUGCCGACUUGGUUUUUUAUCUCUGUUAAAUUUUAUCAGCGUGAGUGGGUCUAAUUUUAGAUGGGUAUUGAAUCAAAUGUGUGCCACUGACUUCAUUUGUGAGUUGAAAGAGCCCCCUGCUGGAUAUGUAUUUAUUUUGUCAUUGCUUGUAAUGUGAAUGGAAAACAAUCUUUCUUUGGGUUAUAGGCUUCAUGAAAUCCUUUCUUUCUAUUGGCCUCUGUCCUUUCAUCACCCUAAUUUUCAUAUUCGGCUUAAUGGGUUCCCCUUGGAGACAAUAACGCCGACCUUGACCAAAUUCAAAUGAGACAGCAUCAGCAAACUAAUGGGAUCUGAACUUUUUGGUGCACUGAUGAGAGACCAGCUCUCUGCAUAUAUUGAAUUUAGCUGGAAUUGAUAUUAAUGUGCAUUAGUUUGUGACUUCAAUUUAGCUAAACAGAAUGAUAACUAGGGAGAACAAAAAAGAAAAAGGCUGCUGAUGUCACAGCCCACUUCACUGGCAAUUUGGUGCCAGCCAUUUCACAGCUCUCCAAGUUAAAAUCCAUUUAUUCUAAGUGGAAAAUGUCAGAUGAAAGCAAACUAAGGAUGGAGGUGUUGCAGGUUGAAGCAUCCUUCAAAUGAAAUGCCGUUUUACUUCUAAAGAUACGAUUUGUGAGAUAAUGCAAAAUUCACUUAAAACAAUAACACCAGUUUUACACAUCCACAUCUUUCAUUUUUGGCUGAUUGUUUUUACAGUAACGUAACCUGAUCCUGUUGCCACAUAUAAUCUAAUCUUGUAAAUAAGCUUGUAAUGAGGGGGAAUAUGGAUCAGCCUCUCAGCAUGGUCCCUUGGAUUAAAAAAUGUCUGCCUGCUGCUCUCUCUGUUACUCAUCUCUGCUCCUUUAUAUAAGCUCAUAUUGUGCCGAGUGAUUUUAAAUGUGUGUUUUUGAAAAUCUUUGUUUCGUUGAAUAUCUACCUCAGUCUUGGUUUACCACAUGUCUACAUCAUUAGCUACUUAACACUGUUGCCUUUCACCGAAAAAGCAAUUGAAACCUCAUAUGUAUGUGAACAGAUGUGCUGCAGUCCUGGAUGUUGAGUAUCAGUGGGCUUACUGAACUGUUGAUAAAGACUCGGGGCAGUAAUGAUGAUCCAGUGUGUAUGUGGUUACCAGGUAUCAGAGGUUAUAUUUUACACUUUUCAUUGCAACAUCUUUUAUCUACACUGAUUAAUGGCACCUGCCUUACACGUGUGCAAUAAAUGUUAUUCAGUGCUUUA